AUGAUCCUGCUCCUCCUUCUGUUCGCCCUGACCCUCGGUGCUGUGUCUAAGGUUCAGCUGCAGUGUGGAAACUGUCCCUUGUUCUGGUCCAGCUUCAACAACCGCUGCUACAAGUACAUAGCCACAAAGCAGAGCUGGGCUGGUGCAGAGCUCUACUGUGUGUCACAGGGAGCCAACCUGGUGUCUAUCCACAGUCUGGAUGAACAUAAUUUCAUCACAGCCCUGAUCAAGAACUUUGAUCCUGCUGAAGGAUUGACCUGGAUCGGACUCAGCGACCUCCACAAAGAAGGCCGCUGGAUGUGGUCUGAUGGUUGUCCGACUAGAUUUCUCCUUUGGGCCUCAGGACAGGCAGACAACUAUAAAGAAAUUGAACACUGUGUUGAAAAGACAAGUCAUGACAAAUGGAAUGAUCGACAUUGUAAAGCUAAUCGUACCUCUGUUUGUGCAUCUCGCAUAAUGUGUCCUCAGGGACGUUUCUUCAUUAGGGGCAGGGGCACUGCCCCACCAGAUGGCGCUAUUUUUAAGUCUCACAAACCACCUCAGGACUGCAUGUGCAUCCACACCAGGUGGAUUUUAGUAGCUCUCACACUGGAUAGGUUCAGAACUGCAGGUCGCAUCGAGCCAGUCAACUAUCAGAAUAAGGGCCAAUGUGAGCUGGUCUUGACUAACACGCACUAA